AUGCAGCAUCGAAGAAACCCUCCGAAGCUCACCAAUGCGAAGAAACACUCUCGCUACAGAAACCCUCUCACUCACCACUCACCGUCGCUCCUCUUCGCCCUCCUCCUCGUUGCUGUGCCGCCCUCACCUUCGCCAACCCUGUCGCGCACAACCCUCACCUUCGCCAUUCUUACCGUCGCUGUUGAUCGUCGCCACCCAGUAACCACUCACCGCCAGUCGCCACUCACCGUUCACCAUUGUCGCUCAUCACCUUUGCCAUUGUCACCACUGCACAGACCAUCGCUCUUCUUAGCCGUUCUGCAUAAAUCGUCACUGCGCCGUCCUCACCAUCGUCAUCUCCGUGCUUCUCAUCAUCAUCAUCUCCGUGUUGAUUAUGCCAAACUCACUAAGCUUCCCAAGAACCUUAUGGCAAAGGUUUCUACUAUGAAGAAUACAGAGCAGAUUUUAGAGCAACUUCCUCGGGUGAUAUCAUCUUUGGAUGCAUAUAUGGAUAAUGGAUUGCAAAACAUGGCACAUUUGAAGACUGUGGUUUAGUUAAUG